CGAGGACAGCUGCAGCCUGGAGAGCAGCGGGAGCAGCGGGACGCGGGAUGCGGAGCCCAGCGACCCUCCGACACCCCAACCCGCCCCCGUCGACUUGGGCUCAGCCGGCGGGAUGCUGCUGGACCUGGCCGUCAAACGCCCCGUCGUCAGGUCAAAAAUCAAGUUCACCACCGGCACCUGUAACGAUGCUACAGUGCAUAGCUGCGAGCUGUGCGGCAAAGGCUUUCGCUUGCAGCGGAUGCUCAACCGUCACAUCAAGUGUCACAGCCAGGUGAAGAGACACUUGUGCACCUUCUGCGGAAAAGGCUUCAACGACACCUUUGAUCUGAAAAGACACGUCCGGACCCAUACCGGAAUCCGGCCUUACAAAUGUGAGGUGUGCAACAAAGCCUUCACCCAGCGCUGUUCCCUGGAGUCCCACCUGAAGAAGAUUCACGGCGUGCAGCAGCAAUACGCCUACAAACAGAGGCGAGAUAAACUGUACGUGUGCGAAGACUGCGGCUACACGGGCCCCACGCAGGAGGACCUGUACCUGCACGUUAGCAGCGUUCACCCCGGAAGCGCUUUCCUGAAAAAAACCUCAAAAAAACUCGCAGCGGUUUUGCAAAACAAACUGAGCCCUGUCCUGCAGAGGAACUCCAAAGAUGACGACAAGGAUGAGUAACACGGUGGAUUACAGUGGUCGAAAGGAAUUAAGUUUACAUGUAGGACUCUCUCUAUAUAUUAUUUUUUUAAAAACAGUUUUUGAAAAAUAUCCCUG